AAAGCAGCCAGAGGGAUAACAUCAUUUAGAGUUCAGGGGACUGAGUGACGUUGUAUCAAUUUACAAAAUGAGAUUGACCAUUGUGCUGAUUGUGUCGCUGUUUAGUGGCUUAAUUUUGGCCCAGGAAGGUGAUAAUGUAAGUGAGAAACUAAAGGCUAUGGAAACCAGACUGGUGAACAGUGAAACCAGACUGGUGAACAGUGAAACCAGACUGGUGAACACUGAAACCAGACUGAUGGACACUGAAAACAAGCUGAAGGACACUGAAAACAGGCUGAAGGACACUGAAAACAGGCUGAAGGACACUGAUAACAGGCUGAUGGGCACUGAUAACAGGCUGAUGGGCACUGAUAACAGACUGAAGGAGAGUGAAAACCAGAUUCUUGAACUGAAGAACAAAGAAAAUAAGACGGUCAUAUUCAGUGCAGCAACAGGAGGAGGAGGGAAUGCCAUUGGACCCUUCAACACAGACACAACUUUAAUCUACAGAACCUUGAUCACAAAUAUUGGAGCCGCCUACAGUCCAUCCACAGGUAUCUUUACUGCCCCGGUUCCAGGUGUUUAUUACUUUACCAUCUUCUAUCAUGCUAGAUGGAGCUAUGGCACUCACUUACGGAUCUACAAGAACAAUGAAUUGAUGAUAUGGACACAAGAUAACUCUUCAACCUCUGACACAGCUGAUAAUGGAGGAAACGCAGUGUUCCUGCAGCUUGUUCAAGGAGACCAGGUGUACGUGCAGCUGGCUGCAAGCACGCAUGUUUGGGGAAGCGACCAUCAUACAACCUUCAGUGGUUUUCUGGUCACUGAAAUGUGAGAAUCUGUAUCUCUGUAGUAAUUCUUGAGGGUGGCUGACACAGUCUGAGCUCUCCAAACAUCUAUUAACAUGACAUGUUCAAAUGUAAUGAAACACAAAGCUGUUGCUCAUACAAUAAAGAGUCUGAAAAUGC